AUGAUUACUGUUGGGGAGUCCUCAUGCAAUGAUGCUCUUCCUCAAGUUGAAACAAGUACAGACGCUGUCAUUAUACACACGUCACGAGAGGACGAGGAAGCUGGAGAAGAGGCCGCUGAUUUACUAAGAAACUUCUGCAUGCCGGAUAUUAAUCUCUCCGACGAUGAACUAUCAUCCUCAUCAGACAGUGUUGAUGUCACUAUAUCAGAAGACGAGGGACCCCUUACAGAAGAGACGAUUAGAGAGUGUCAUUUCUUUGGGCCGCAUGCAAACUACAUGGCUACUCCACUGGGAGAAGGACUAGAUCUACGCAUCCCAUUGCAGGAAGCCCUUGAAGACAUGUGCUUAAAUUUUGCGUCAUUCAACAGAGACGCUGCUCCUACCCUCGAUGAACAAAAUGAAGAAGGCCGUGUGGGAAUGGAGCUAGCUAUACGUGACGUUUUGUACGAAGGAGAUGAGCUGUUUGGUGGACGUGUUUUUAAAAACAAACAGGACUGCAAUGUGAAACUUGCCCUACACGCAGUCAACCGAAAAUUCCAUUUUCGCCGGGACCACUCCGACCAGCAGAGAUUGAUACUCACAUGCGUCUUGGAUUCUUGCCCUUGGAGAGUGUAUAUUGUCAAAAUGGAAGAGAGUGACAAUUACCAGAUAAGAGGAGUGUCACUAGAGCAUACCUGUACCGUUGAAGACAGGAGCCACUACCACAAACAAGCAACUACACGGGUCAUUGGUAGCAUUAUGAAAGCCAAAUACGAGGGCAAUGCGAGAGGUCCACGGGCGAUCGAUCUUCAACGCCUUCUAAUGGCGGAACAUUCGGUGCGGAUUUCGUAUUGGAAGGCUUGGAAAUCCCGCGAGGUGGCAAUGGAGGGAGCUCAGGGUUCAUCUGAUAACAGCUACGCCUUGCUCCCAACGUACUUGCACCUCCUUCAAAUGGCGAAUCCGGGUUCCAUUGUUGACCUUAAAACAGAGGUUGAUGCAAAAGGUAUGCAAAGGUUUAAAUACUUAUUCCUCGCAUUUGGAGCAUCCGUGGAAGGUUUUCAGUUCAUGAAACGGGUCAUUGUCCUCGAUGGAGCUCAUCUGAAAGGCAAAUAUGGCGGCUAUUUGUUAACCGCCAGUUCUCAGGACGCAAACUUUCAAGUCUUCCCGAUUGCGUUUGCGGUGGUGGAUGGAGAGAACGACGAUGCAUGGGAAUGGUUUUUCCGUGUUUUGAUCACUGUAAUACCUGACGGGGAGACCCUCACAUUUGUCUCCGACAGACACUCCUCCAUUUAUACAGGACUACGGAGGUUGUACCCACGAGCAAGGCACGGGGCCUGUGUUGUACAUCUCCAGCGUAAUGUUGCAUUGAAGUUCAAGAAGAAAAACCUACUGUUUCAUGUCUCCCGUGCUGCUAGAGCAUAUCGCAUAUGUGACUUCCACACCUAUUUCAAUGAAAUCAUCAAGCUUUCUCCACAAUGCGCAGCCUAUCUUGAAGCAAUAGGCUUCUGUCACUGGACUAGAGCUUACUUUUUGGGGGAGCGGUACAACGUCAUGACUACCAAUGUCGCUGAGUCUUUGAAUGCUGUACUUAAGGAAGCUCGUGAAUUACCAAUCAUAUCACUCCUCGAGUUUAUCCGUACCACGCUUAUGAGUUGGUUUGCAAUGCGUCGUGAAGCUGGUAGGUCUAAAAUCUCUGAAAUACCACCAAAGCUGAGAGAAGUGAUCCACCAGAACUUUGAAAAGUCUGUCAGGUUUGGGGUUAAGCGUGUUGAUAAGUUUGAAUAUGAGGUUGUCGGGACCGGGGAGGUUUCCCAUUAUGUCAAACUUGUAGACAGAACGUGUUCCUGCAGGGCAUUUGAUUUACUGCGACUACCUUGCCCUCACGCAAUAUCUGCAGAUGUUGCAGAAGGGCUUCCCAUUCAUGGGAUUACGGCGCCAGUGUUCUCGGUAAACCAUUGGCGGAUGUCCUACCAAAACUAUUAA